CAUGUACUCUCUCUCUCUCUAUCUCUCUCUCGUUUUCUUUUUCUUUCUCUCAUUGUUGGAACAAGGGAAAGAAAUGGGGUUUUCAGGUAGUCUCUUGGGUUCAGUUCUUGUUGUACUGGUUUUCUCAGUGGUUCAUGGGGAUCCUCUUGUCCCUGCAUUAUGCAUAUUUGGGGACUCUGUUGUUGAUACUGGAAACAAUAACAACCUAUAUACACUGGUGAAGGCGAAUUUUCCUCCUUAUGGCAGAGACUUUGUUACUCACAGACCCACCGGAAGAUUCUGCAAUGGAAAGCUUGCCACAGAUUUCACUGCUGAGUUCCUCGGGUUCACCUCAUAUCCACCUGCGUACCUAAGCCAAGAAGCCAGAGGAAAGAAGCUCUUGACUGGAGCCAACUUUGCCUCAGCUGCUUCUGGUUAUUAUGACAGAACAGCAGAGUUAUAUCAUGCAAUUUCAUUGACACAGCAGUUGAACUAUUACAAGGAGUAUCAAGCAAAAGUUGUGAAUAUGGUGGGAAGAGACAAAGCUAAUACCAUAUUCUCUGGUGCAAUCCACCUCGUGAGUGCAGGGAACAGUGAUUUCAUUCAGAACUACUAUGUGAAUCCCGUCCUCAACGGAGCCUACUCGCCUGCUCAAUUCUCAGACAUCCUCAUAAGAUCAUACUCUGCUUUCAUUCAGAAUCUGCAUGGACUGGGAGCAAGGAGGAUUGGUGUCACAGGCCUAGCGCCAACUGGGUGUUUGCCUGCAGCCAUCACACUGUUUGGCCAUGGAAGCAACGAGUGCGUUGCAAGACUGAACCAAGACGCAAUUUCGUUCAACAAUAAGCUCAACAGCACAUCUCAAAGUUUGCAGAAUAAACUUCCUGGUCUCAAACUUGUGGUCUUUGAUAUUUACCAGCCUCUGUUAGAUAUGAUCGCAAAGCCGGCUGAGAAUGGGUUUUUUGAGUCAAGAAAAGCUUGCUGCGGAACAGGUACACUAGAAACCUCCCUGCUUUGCAAUGCCGAGUCUCCAGGGACAUGCAACAAUGCUACAGGAUAUGUGUUUUGGGAUGGAUUCCAUCCCUCUGAAGCCGCUAAUCAGGUCUUGGCUGGUGAUCUACUUUCACAGGGAAUCUCCCUCAUCUCUUGAAGCUAUUCCUAUUGCGAUUAGAACAGUCCACUACUACUGAACUCUUGUCAUCUUAUAUGCAUUAUAUGUAGUUGUUAUGAGAAAUAUGUAGGUAUUCUCGUGGUUUUAGUUUGAGAGUUUGGCUUCCUAGAGGUGUGAGGCAUGUAAAACUCCUCAAGCCAUAGAUGCAGCAAGGUUCACUUGAUGCUUUGUCCUUGAGUGGAAAAUUUUAUGUGUUAAUCCUCAAAUGAAUAAGAUGACUAUGGUUGGAUUUU